CAGAAAGAAGUGAUAUUUACGAUCAAUUUUAUUGUUAGAAAAUCUAACUAAUAUCAUUCAUUUACCUUUUCUUCUUCAACGUAAGCUUGGGUUUCUGUGUAAGAGUGUAUUACUCGUAUAAAGUGCUAGGUUAUGAAACGACUUCCAGCUUCAUUUUGUUCCAAGAUACUAUUUUCUUCUUUAUGAACUGCCAUUUGUACUUAAGUUAUCAAAAGCUAUUGUGAGUAAACGCAGACAAACUUAUUUGGAUCAAAUUAUAUAUAUUGAGAAGUGAAGUAUUUCAACUUAACGCAAAUUUGUAGUGCUGCUACUACUACUACUACUACUACUACUACUGCUGGUACCAUCACUACAGCAUCAUCACUACCACCACCAGCACCACUGAUACCAUCACAUUUCCUGCAACAGCCGAAGCCAGUUUGUAUACACGAUGUAUGUGUGCGCGAAGUUGCCUGGUCCAAGCCAUAUAACUGUGCUGACUGGAAGUAGCGUCGCGACGCCCGUGCAUUUCAGUCGGCUCACAGCCUCCGACCAUAGCGGACGUCUUCACCUCGACGUCGAUAAUAAGCCGGCGAAAGGUUACGUUAAGUUAACGACAAGUGCUUGUUUUGGAAGUUCUCAUUGGCAGGUGGAGCCUCUACUAUAUGAAAGAAAUAGCAAGGAACGGUGUACCGAUGAAGUCAUUACAGCUUUGGUUGGCAGUACUAGGCAACCUGCUUUUUCUUGGUGUUUCGGCAAUGUCCCCUCACAUCCAGGGCCCCGUGUUUCUACAGGAGCCGCCGCCAUGGCUCGAGUUUUCCAACUCGACGGGUGCGAUGCUCAGUUGUUCAGCUCACGGCACCCCACCACCCGAGAUCCGCUGGGUUGAUACGUCAGACAAAGAGCUCCCUCACAUGCCCCGUCUCCGGGAACUGCUUCCCAACGGCAGCCUAUACCUCCCGCCGUUCCCGGCCGAGGAAUACAACCCAGAGCUACACUCCGCCACGUACCGCUGCAGGGCUACCAACCCCGCGGGCAGCAUAAUCAGCAGGGACUGUAAGCUGAGGGCAGAUGUGACGCAACAGUAUCAGCUGCAGGUUCACAACGUGUUCGUUAUGGCGGGGAACGUAGCUGUACUCAGAUGCAACAUCCCAAGUUUCGUACGCGGGCUGGUGCAAGUAACCAACUGGUUACGAGAUGAACACUUGCUGGGCAGAACCGUCAUACACCCAGGUGGCAGGUUCACUGUGACAGCCUCAGGGUCCCUGCACAUCAGGGACACUGUAACAGACGAUGGGUUCGCGCGCUACUACUGCCAAACUGUACACCGCCUGACGGGAGAGAAGAGACUCAGCAUGCCAGGGCAGAUCAUUGUUAGCCAGCCUGAAGGCAACAUCACACCUAGGAUUGAGCACUCUGUUGCUAAUGUGAAUUCCCGGGCUGGGAGCCCUACUGACCUUGUAUGUGCUGCUCAGGGUUCUCCCCCUCCCAACUACAGAUGGUACCGUGACCUGGAUGGGGUGCUACAGGAGGUGCGGCUGGGUAUGGUGCUUGUACGUCCCCUGCAGUCCGUACUUCAAUUCCCGCGUGUUCAGCCAGAGGAUGGAGGGCGCUAUGUAUGUGUAGUGAGCAAUAUGAUGGGUGAGGACCGCCGUGAGAUCACACUCAAUGUGAUCACACCCAUAACAGCCCACAUCCGCCCACAGCAGCAGAUUGUGGAUGCGGGCACCCCAGCCAUGUUCAACUGCUCUGUGCAGGGGGGCAGUGGAGGCAUGCAUAUCUCAUGGCUGAAAGACACGCGCCCUUUACUGGACAGCCCCCAUGUCAGCAUCAUGCAGCAGGGGCAGGUGAUGCUCCUCAAAAACGUUCGCAAGUCAGACCGUGGAAUGUACCAGUGUGUGGCACGCAGCAAUGACGAAAGUGCCCAAGGCAGUGCUGAACUCACCCUGGGAGCCAUAGCCCCUGAGCUACAAUUGACCUUCAUAGAACAGACCCUGCAGCCAGGUCCGCCAGUGUCACUGAGGUGCUCUGCCUCAGGGAAUCCCCCACCACGGAUCACAUGGCUCCUUGAUGGGGGUUUGCUCGUACCCCGGGGCUAUGUCCUAGGUAGCUACCUGGAUUCUGCAAACAAUGUCAUCAGCCACCUCAACAUCUCAUCUGUUCGUGUACAGCAUGGCGGCCUAUACACCUGCAUUGCCAGAAAUGUCCUUGGUGCUGUCCAGCACUCUGCCAUGCUUAAUAUCUACGGGCCCCCUUCUGCCCGUGUACCACAGAAUCUGACAGUGGUAGCAGGUCUGGAUGUGUAUCUCCGCUGUCCAGUGGCAGGAUUCCCCAUUUCCAGUGUGACUUGGCAGCGUGCUGGAGAUAUUCUGCCCAUUCAUCUCAGACAAAGAGUAUUCCCCAAUGGCACGCUACUUGUCAGACAGAUUGAAGGUGCUACUGACAAAGGAGAAUACUCCUGUUCUGUCAGCAACCAGCAAGGGCAGUCAGCCCAUGGCAGGCUCUACCUUGAUGUCAUGAAACCACCACAGAUAGCACCAUUCCAGUUCCCCAACAACUUACAGGAAGGAAUGAGAGCACAGGUUUCAUGCAGCAUAAUUUCUGGGGACUUCCCCAUUACAAUCACAUGGCGCAAAGAUGGGGGUCCACUGCCUCAGGAGGCAGAUGUGCAGGAACAACAGCAUCAGUUUGUAAGCAACUUGCUGUUCAGUGAUCUGGCUGCCCGACAUUCAGGACAUUACACUUGUAUUGCCAGUAAUGCAGCAGCUGUGGCGAACUACACUGCCAAGCUCACUGUUAGAGUGGCUCCAACAUGGCUGAUUGAGCCGCAGGAUGUAUCGGUGUUAUUCCAGCAUCCUGUUUCUCUGCACUGUCAAGCUAGUGGAUUUCCAACGCCUACUAUAACAUGGAUGAAAGCCAAAGAUGAACAACCUGGUGACUAUACAUCACUGGAAUCUAGUCCUCAACUUGUCAUCUCAGGCAACGGUUCGGUGCUGAUUAGGGCAGUUGACCCAUCACAUGAAGGUCAUUACACCUGUCAGGCCAGCAAUGGUAUUGGUUCAGGGCUCAGCAAGGUCAUUUUUCUUAGAGUUAAUGUUCCAGCACAUUUUAGGUCACGGGCAGUAAACCAAAGUGGCGUAGCAGGAGAAGAGAUAAUUUUGAUGUGUGAAGCAGAAGGUGACCUGCCCCUCCAUGUAGCAUGGUCAGCAUCUCACAGACCCUUAAGCCCCAGCCACACCCAGAUUAUGGAGCGACAGACACCCCAUGGAGUCACAGCAGAACUACAUUUGGAGUCUUUGGCUCGAAGAGAUGCUGGUCCAUACCGUUGCUCAGCUUCCAAUGAUUUUGGUCAGGAUGAGAUGAUAGUUUACCUCACAGUCAAAGAGCCGCCAGAGGCCCCAGGAAGGGUGGAGGUGCAGGAGGUGGGAAGUCGCUGGGUGAGUGUCUCAUGGGGGGCACCAUACUCAGGUCAUGCCCCUAUCUCUCACUAUGUAGUACAAUUUCGUGAAGAGGCGCCAACCCUCGGCGGAGGCAUGAGUUCAUGGAACAAUGUUACUGUUGGAGGCGGUAUCCGCAAGGCUCAACUGGGUGCUUUGAGACCUGCCACAUCCUACAAUCUGAGACUGCUGGCUGUCAAUGAAGUUGGGGCAGGGCCUCCCAGUGAGCCCACACUUGCCUUAACAUUGCAGGAAGCUCCCAGUGGUCCACCAAUAGAUGUCACUGUAGAGGCCACAAGUCCAGAGUCACUUCUGGUAAAAUGGAAGCCCCCCCUAGUGAGUUACUCCAAUGGAGAAAUCCUGGGAUAUCAAGUGGGGUAUCGGGAGGCAUCGGGAAACAGUGCACCAUCUACAGCUGCACAACAAGUGCGCACUGUCAGAGGACGCCGCUUAGAGGUGACACUAACCUCUCUGCGUCAUUUCACCCGUUAUGAGGUGACAGUCCGAGCAUUCAACCAGGUUGGGUCAGGCCCUGCCUCACCCAUACAAUCUGUGACAACACUGGAGGGUGUUCCAGACAUGGCACCACAAAACUUACGCUGCUCUGCAGUGUCCCCACAGAGUGUACGAGUAAGGUGGGACCCACCACCACCUGAACAUCGCAAUGGAGUCAUUGAGGGCUACAAAGUAUUGUACAAGCAUAUCAGUCGUCAAGGAGGUUUAACAUCAGAUGUAGAAAUAAAGAAGACAACAAAUCUGGAGACAAAUUUGCAUGGUCUGGCGAAAUUUGCCAACUACAGUGUGCGAGUGCUGGCUUUUACUGCAGCUGGUGAAGGAGUCAGAUCAAAUUCAGUCCAUUGUACCACAGAGGAAGAUGUUCCAGGACCACCUGAACAAAUCAAAGCACUAGCAAUGACAUCUGACAGCAUUAUGGUUGCCUGGACUAGACCACUAGAACCAAAUGGCAACAUUAUCAAGUACAAUGUGUACUACCAAUCAAAGCUUCACAAAGAUGAACACAAAGAGACUGUGUUUGGUGAUAGAGAAUUGACUUAUGAAGUUCGUCGGCUAAAGGAGUUUCAGCAGUAUGAGUUCUGGGUGACAGCCUCCACUAUAAUAGGGGAGGGACAGAGCAGCAUCAAGGUUCCACAGGCACCGGUUUCCAGAGUUCCAGCACGGAUAGCUUCAUUUUCUCGACGAGUGGUGGCAGGGUCAGGUCAGAGCAUUACGUUGGCAUGCCAUGCUGUAGGUCUUCCUGCUCCUAAUCGUAGUUGGCGUGGUCCGUCUGGUAAUUCCAUCACCCCAUCUUCAGGAAACAGGCAUUAUCGUGUACUCCCAGAUGGAGGAGUGACACUUGGUCCGCUUAGACCUGAGGAUGCUGGCAACUAUUCCUGCUUGGCAGAAAAUGUAUUUGGUCGAGAUGAAGUCACAUAUGGAGUAACAGUGCAAGUGCCUCCUGGCCCACCUCAUCUGUCUGUACCUGCCACAACAGCUCGCAGUAUAUCGCUGCAGUGGAGACUCUCAGAUAAUGGUGGGAGUCCAGUAAUUGGAUACACGCUGAGCUAUAAGCGAGAAUCUGGGGACUGGCAAGAGGUUGUCAUUGACCCAGAUCGGAAGACAUACACACUGGAUGGGGUCAAGUGUGGCUCCAGCUAUCAGCUUUUCCUCACAGCAGUGAACUCAGUUGGUAAUGGGAAGCCUAGUUCUGUUAUCACAGCCACCACUAAGGGAGGAGCUCCCCGAAUGCCUGUACAAGAUGAUCUUCUGUUGAUAAAUUCUACAUCAGUCACCUUGUUCCUGGAGGCAUGGCCUAGCGGCGGUUGUCCACUUCGGUACUUUGUUGUGGAAUAUCGUUCUCGAAGCCAAAAAACAUGGACACUGGUUUCGAACAACAUCCAGCAGGAGGAAUUGGUAAUACCUGAUCUCACCCCUGCAACGUGGUAUGCAGUGCGGAUUGCUGCACACAAUGAUGCUGGGUCCAGUGUUCAGGAACUUGUUUUUGCCACAAAGACAAAAACGGGAGAAACUAUCCUGCCAGAUAUGGUACCAGACAUGUCUGAGCAGCAGGGUACAUUUUAUACUCACUUGAAUGUGAUCAUCCCCAUAAUAUCUGGAAUCAUCUGUACCAUUGCAGCAUCCAUCUGUGUAUGCAUCUUCAUCCACAGAAGGCACUAUGCAGGUUAUAAACAAGGUGAUCCUGGAUAUGGAGCAAAGUCUUUGGCUGAACUUGAAAACCAGCGCAAUAAUGACCAACAAGGAGCAAAUCAUAGUCAGUCAGGGCAACUCUAUUCACCAUCCCCUGCAAGGAAGGGAGACUCGUCACUCAGUGGACAGAAAGGCAGUGAUACCUCAGGUCAAGACUACGAGAUCUGUCCAUAUGCAACAUUCAGCCUCCCUGGUGGCGGAGGUGGCACCAACAGUACUCAGACAAUGGACUACUCUAUGCAGUUUCAAACAUUCAGUCAACAGGAAUGUUAUGCAGGUCAGCCACGGCCUAGCACAUCAGGGUAUGGGGGAAGCAAGUCCAACAAGGACUACUAUUCACGUGUUCGAACAAAGUCUAGCAGCACAUCACGCACACCAACAGACUGCAAGGUCACAAGGACAUCUAAAAGCCCUCCAGAUGGACUGAGUCUUGAGAUCUCCUGUAUCUCAAGCCAGCAGACACUGCCUGUUUCUGUGGCUGCAGCUUCAAGCUCAAGUAGUCAUCACCGUCGAAACAAGUCACCACCAGGACAUCAUGGGCAUGGUCACAGUCACCAACAUCAAGAAAGCCAAAGCAGUAGUAGUGGUGUGGGUUUUGGGCGAUCGCGUAGUUGCUCAAUGGGGACGGAUCGUGAACAGGACAGAGAACGGUCAGACUCAGAUAGUAGUACGGGUGGGGCGGGAAGUCCAAGGAGGAACGAACCUAAGGCAAUUCCAUCCCAGUAUCGACUUCCUACUGCCAACCACAGAUCCAACAAGGCACCACACCAUGCAGAUUCAGUUUUUGAACUGGAUUCCAGUACAGAAUCAGCAGAAGCUUCACCAGAAGUGAACCACAGAGUACGGCGCAGUGGUGUGAUGGCUCGGAGAGGGACGCCAUCCAGACCAAAUACCAGAGGCAGUAUAGUGUGUCAGGAGGUGGUUCCUCUUCAACCUCCAUCUGGCUUCUCAGAUGGACAGGAGCUCUCCGAGGCUGAAUGUGAUCGUGAAGCAGCAUCUGGUCCAGAAAAUGUUGCCCUUCCACUUUUCCGGCAUGAGGAACUUGAGCAGGAACUGUCCACUCUUGUCAAAAGGUAUCGACAAGAACGGGACAGAGAAAAGCAAGACUACACCAUCCAUGUUUGAAAGAAUCUGAAAAACAGCCUCUGUAAUUGUUAACAAGUGCCACUUUUAAGUCAAAGGAGAGUCUAGUUUUGUGCAUCAGAGUUAUUAAUGCAGUGUCUGUUUAAAAGAAACAGUCCUAUUCUAUUGCAUGUUGAACAGGUUCAGCACAGACAGUGUGCUACAACCUAAUGGAAGUGAUGGCUGUAAGGACUGAUUUUUUUUAACACAGUCUAUCUUCCUACUUUUAUCUCAGACGUCAUUCCAGGGACUGGGUCUUUCUUCCUCAUACUGCUCACUUCUGCAUAUUGAAGAUGUCAUGGGAUUACUGAAAUAUGUUUAAGAACUAUGCAUUUUCAGUUUUAGGACAAAUUCAAUCACAAAAAAAUACGGAGUGUAAAUGGGAAGCUCAUUGUAGCGAGUGGUCAGCUGCAUAUGUAUAGAACACUUUCAGGGAACAGCACUGGGUACUGCAGACCACAAACCCACUGUUGGCUAAGAUAUAUCGAUGAUGUACUGCUACAUGAACCAGCAGGACUGUAAUAAUUUAUUCACCUCCUCAUCAGCCUCAGAUCUACCACAAGAUUCACAGUUGAAUUUGAAAUUAGUAAUACUCUUCCCUUCUUAGAUGUCUUGAUCAUGAAGAGGGACCAUAAUUUAACCACAAAAUGAUAAAGGAAACCUACCCAUACAAGACUCUUUACAUUUUAAAUCUGACCACCUCCUUCACUUAAAGAGAGGAAUUGUUCAUAACUUUGUCAAUAGAAGCAGUGUCAUAUGUCAGGAUUUGAAGGAUUUCAACAGGGAAAUUAAGAAUGUAAGCAGGAUCUGAUGUUUAAUGAAUACCCACAACACUUAAUUGAUUCCAUUGUCAAGUCAAGGAGAAGCAUGUGUCCUUCAGGUGGAACAUAACAUGGCAUCCCAUAUUCAUUGGGGAUGACUUCAAUGUUAGCAGAAUUUACAGAACUAUAUAUACACUGUGGGACACUGAUGGAAACUGAACCUGUUAGAUGUGCCCAGCAGACAAAGCAGUGUGCGCACAGUAUUGCAUGUGACUGGCAGAUGUUACAUCAGCAAAACAGGUAGACCUUUGGUAGUAUGCAUUAAGGAGCACAAAUAUGGUCUGAUGCAAAGUUUUAUCAAAGAGUUAAAAUAAACCUAAUAUGCACACCAGAUAAAACCUCCAAAUAUGUUGAAAAGAAGAUUUUACAGAUUGAACCUAACAGCACCUACAGAAAAUACAAGAAAUCAGCCAAAAUGUCUCAAAGUAUCUCUUCCAGUCGUUCAACCUAGCUUGGAGAGCUCACUCAUCUGGACCCCCGUCAUGGGAGAGGAAGUUAGCAAAUAUGAUUGUCUUAUUUAUUCAAUAAUUAUUAGUACUGAUUUAUUUGCUCUUAGAACCUCAUCGGUAUACAGGAAAUUUUAUCUGCCUGAAUUUUAAUCCUCUGUAUAUGAUGGGUUUACAAUUGCAUCUGUUUUUGUAUUAUGUAAAAUUUUAAAUGUCAAUAGACUACUUCCUAUCAUUGAUUUUAACGUACCUAUAUUUGUCCUUUUUAUAAUCUCACUCAGUGGUUUCAGCUUCUAUUUUAGUCAGACUCUGGUUUUAUGAUCUGUGGCCAUAGGUGCAUCAUCUCAUGCAUAUGGAUAUAUAUAUUUAAUUUUACUCCCACAGAUGGUUCCUGUUUUACUUGGUUUAUAUAUUGCAUCUUGUGCUGCUUCAGAUGUCUGGAGGUAGGAACUUGCUGAAUAGAUUUGGCCUAAGUGAGCUUUUUUGCCCUAGAAUGGAGACAUAGUUCAUGUCUCAGAAAUGUCAUUUUUAAUAAGAAUAUGAGGAUGGUGAAUGUCCAAAAAGUUUAUCAUUAUAUUAAUAUACCAUUGUCAUGAAUUUUAGAAGUGACAGAUGAUUAAAUGAAACACAAGAAACACUGAAGAGCAAAGAAACAAACUUUGACUCUUUCAAAGUGUUUAAUUUUAAAUAUCACAAUUAUCGUCCCAUCUCUCCUAUUUCUCCUGGACCUGCUUCUGAUAUGGUAGUAUAUUUUCUUUUUAAAUUCAGUAUAGUGAAUCCAAAAUUCACGUCUCUCGAUGUAAGGUUUUGUCCUUAUUUAACAUUAAGGUUCAGUAUUAAAUUUUCUCCAGCUGAAAUUUUCCUUGCUCCUCACUUUAACGUUCAAAUCCACUUCUUCCCAGACGAACCUUAAAUGAGAUUUUACUAUAUACAGAAAUUUAAAUAUAAUUUCCAGUUUUUGCAUGAAUUCAGCAAAGAAUACACCACAACAAAGAACAGAAAAUAGCAUGAUGUAAAUGAUUUUACUUCAUGAGAGGCAGUAAUUUGAAAGUACAAAUUAGUGUUGUACAGUCAGUGCAUGCAUGAACGACUUAUAUUGAACAAUUUAAGCAGGGCCCAAGGGAUAUCUGUGAGAACUGACAAAUAUAUAAGGAGACAUAUAACUCUUAGAAUUACUGGGGUUAAAGAACUUUAAUCUGUAUCAUCCUCAAAAUCAUCUAAAAAUAUUGUUCAAGGGAGAACAAGGAAAAUGUACUGGGGGGUUAAAAAUUUCAUGAGAAAGACAUUACAUUUAUGCAGAUCCAGUUCUUGUUUUUUUUUAACUGCUGUAUGAGUACGUGUUGAAUCUUUGCAUCCUGUUGUGUGUAAAUUAUAUUGUACGGAGAUGUAUCUACACAACAAUUGCUUAUAAAUUCAGUAAGAUUAAUAAAAUGGCAAUAUUAACUUUAUUGUUAUUCUUACUGUAACGUGUUUGGUCUAUUGAUCAUUCUCAUCAUUAUAAAUAUAUGUAUUCAUAAAACCACCUAAGAAUGAUCAAUAGAUCAGAACAUGUCAUGGUGAGAAUAAUGAUAUAGUUAAUAUUGUCAUUUUAGUAAUAUUAUUAUAUUUAUACCCAGCUGAAGGGCUGAAGGACAGCUUCAUUUUAUAUGAUUUUAAAUGUAUGUGGCAGCGACAUCAUGUAGUUUGAUAAGAGUGCCAACAUCUUACAGGAAUCUACUCUCUCCAUUUUCAUGGUGACGGGGGCAGUACAGUAUUCCAGAACACUGGUACCUAUCUGUCAGCCUACACAUUAUCACAGCCUAAACGAUGACAGUAUGGAAAACUUCAUUCUUUUAACUUCCAUAAUACCUGUUGUCUGAUUAUAUCUGUAGCCAAAAAUACAUAUCAUGACAGUAAUUUUCAUACUUCUGAAGGUGUCAUAUAAAAGUAUAUCAUUUUUUGUGUUACCCAUAUGUCCAUGAAUCAUGUAUCAGCCCCAUAUAUUAAACCUUCACUGAAAUAUCUCUAACUGCAGUAAUGGCUGCAGCAGCAUCAGAUAAUGCAUUUUAAACAGUGAAGUUUAUUUAUUUAAUGAUACAAACAGUAGCUCAGAGUGUAACAUGUCAGGUGAAUAGAUGAUACUUGUAGUUAAUGAUGAAUUUGAAAUGGUGUGGAAGGAAGCAGUCAUAGCCUAAUUUAAGAUACUGUCUCAUCAUUCACCUGCAGACUGAGGAAAACCACAAAAACCUCAGUCAGGUUACUCAGUACCUAGAAACAUCCUGAUGAAGGUGGAUAAGAUUGCUGCUAGUAGAUAAUUGAAUUAUAUGUAUUGAAAAGCAUUAUGCUGAGUGGCAACUGAAUUUUAAGUACUGUUUUUAUUGCAUAUGUUUAUUAAAUAAUGGUAUUUAAUAUAUAGAAGUUGUCAUAUAUAUGUACACGGCCGCGCCAUAGCUCAAGUGGUUAGUCGCUGGCCUCCCACUGCGGCAGCCCGGGUUUGAUCCCGAGUC